CUCCGAGCUACCACCUCCGGUCUCCGAUCGAGCCUAAAACAAUAAUCUCUUCUGUCCCCGGCGGCUUCUCAGCAUAACCCCGGCGACACUCAGCAUUGGAUCCAUAAAUCGCGAUGGCUUCGAUCGCCGCUAACUUCGUCGGCCAAGGCAAAAAGAUCAUCGGGAUCGGAAGAAAUUAUUUGGAUCAUGUUCAAGAAUUGAAGAAUCAAGUGCCCUCCAAACCCUUCUUUUUCUUGAAACCGACAACAAGCUAUAUCACUCGAGGCCAAAAGAUCGAAAUCCCUUCUGGAAUUAAUUGCCAUCAUGAAGUUGAAUUAGGGGUGAUAAUUGGAACCAAAUGUCGAUCGGUGACUGCCCAAAAGGCGAUGAGUCAUGUGGCCGGAUACACCAUAGCGAUCGACCUAACGGCGCGAAAUCUGCAAGAAGACAUCAAGCGCAAACAGCUACCAUGGUCGUCUGUGAAAGGCUUCGACACGUUUUGUCCCGUCGGUAAAUUCAUCGAAGCGCAGCAUAUCGUCGAUCCGCAUCAGCUUUCUAUCUGGUUAAAGCUUAACGGACAGCUCAAACAACACAGUUCAACCCAAAACAUGAUCCACAAGAUUCCCGAAUUGAUUGCUUAUUGCAGUGGGAUCAUGACUCUCGAGGAAGGAGACCUACUUCUGACAGGCACACCAGCUGGGGUAUCGUCCGUUUCACCAGGCGACGAGAUCGAGAUCGGAUUAGAACAGGCAAGCAAGCCAACCGAUCCAUCGAUGUCGAUCCUCGAUCAACUCAAGUUCAGUGCUAUCCAACGUCCCGAUGGACUCACAUACGAUCACUUGAAGGUUUGAACAUUGAGAAUAAGAAAACUCUUCAUAUUCCUUUCUUUCUGAAGCCCGUUCUUGUAAAUUUCUUGGCUUUUUGAACAAGUCUCUGGUUCCAUGAUGAACAUGUACAACUUCAGUCAUCAUCAAAGGCCUCCUGGUCGUUCCGCAUUGGAACUUUUGUCAGAAAUUUACUAAGACAUCCCAGAACUCUCAUGGCCUACAACUUGACCUGAAUCAAGAAGUGUGAACUUGAGGAAACAUCUGAG